AAAAAGGGUUUUAAUUUAGAAAUAAAAUCUUAUCAUAACCUUUUUAUGUAGAUCUAGUCAUCAAACCCUUGUGCAAAGAUAUUUCUGUUUUUCAAGCACAGUUAACCUAGGUUGAGUCAAGAUAUGUUUGAGCUCUCAGGUGUUGUAUCUCAAGUAUAUAAGUGCAGAGCAUUAGUUAGAGGUUCUAAAACUAUUAAUAUCAUACCUUUUUUCUUAGAUUAUCUAGAUGUCUGAUAACCAAUGGUCAUCUGACGAGGAAUGGUCCAUUGAAAUUGUCCAUAUUCCAAAACCCUACCUCCGAAAUUACAGGUAUGUCAGACAUUAUAGUUAUAGAGAACAUAGAUGAAAUAAAAACAGAGACAACAAUAGAAUUUAUUCCUAAGCUCGGUGAGCCCCAGUUAGAAGAUGAACAAAAACAGCAAGAAGGCUUGACCGUUCCUGAUGAAAAUAUAAUGAGGGGAAAUGAAACAACUGAAGACCAAAACAAUAGUCAGGACACCGAGAAAGAACAUGAUUCAUUCUAUCAAAGUUCUAAAGAUGAUAACAUUGAUGAGCCUUCUAAAACUCCACUUAAACCAAAGAAAAAAGGUAGACCAACAGGAACACUACCAAGAAAAGCUCGGAAUUCACCACCACAAAAGUCUUUAUUUAGAAAACGGAAAGCGACCCCUGAAACAUGGAAGAAGAAUAUCAGGAAAAAACUGAGACUUUCAGGAAAGGAGUAUAUAUCAGUUAAAGGGAAAGUUGUUGAAGAAAAAAAAGUAAAACCUGUAGACUGUUCAAAAUGCACUUUUAAAUGUCAUUUAGGUAUAGACGACGAGCAUAGGCAGCAAAUUUUCAAAACAUUUUGGUCACUGGAUACAAACGACAGAAAGAAGAAUUUUAUCAUCGCUAAUACAACACAAAAGAAAACUAGAACAUAUUUAGAUGAUAACAACGAACCUGUUCAAAAAAAGAAAAAUGUUCACAGAUCGUACUCACUAAACGUUGAUGGAAACCAUGUCAAAAUAUGCAAGAAUUUUUUUUUAACAACUUUAGGGAUCAGUGAGACCUUUGCAAACAAUGCAUUGCAGAAUCAACAAGAUGGCGUUUUUGUUGGAGAAGAUAAUCGCAGCAAACAUGUGCCCUACAACAAAACAACCAAUACAGCAAUGGAUUUGGUACGACGACACAUAGAAUCCUUUCCGGUAGUAGAUGGCCAUUACACUCGCAAAGAUUCAAACAGGAAGUAUUUAGGAGCAGACCUUAAUAUAAGACGAAUGUACGAAUUAUAUAUAGUACAAUGUAAAGAUCAAAUUCCUGAGAAAGACAUUGUCAGUCAAGCUGUGUAUAGGAAAAUUUUCAAUCAAGAAUAUAACUUUUCUUUUCAUGUACCGAAAAAGGACCAAUGUGCAGUUUGCACAACCUAUCACCAGCGAAACAUUGAAGGGACACUUACAAAUGAUAUAAAGAAAGCAUACGAUAAACAUCAAGCAAGAAAAAUCAAAGCCAGAGAAGAAAAGAAAAAAGAUAAAGAGUUAGCAAAGAGUUCACCUGAACUUUUUGUGGGCACAUUUGAUCUGCAAGCAGUACUACAAACACCGUGCAGCUUAGUUAGUCAACUGUUCUACACGAGAAAGUUAAACUGCUACAACUUGUCCAUUUACAAUUUGGCAAAUAAUAAGGCAACAUUUUAUCUUUGGUCUGAAGUAGAUGCACAAAGAGGGUGUUGUGAGAUUGGUACAUGUCUCUAUCUGCAACUUUUAUCUAUGUCAUGUACUACCACGCAUGCUAUAUUUUAUUCUGAUGCCUGUUCUGGACAAAACCGCAAUCAGUUUAUUGCAUCGUGUUUGUUACAUGUAGUUAAUACUCACCAAUCAAUCAAGGUCAUCGAUCACAAAUUUUUGGAAAGCGGUCACACUCAAAUGGAGUGUAACAACAUGCACUCAGCUAUUGAAUUUGCCAAAAAGAAAACCGAAAUAUUUGUGCCUCAACAGUGGACAACAGUGAUGCGAAUGGCCAGGAGAAAAGAUCCUUACAUGAUUGUGCCCCUAAAAUAUGAAGAUAUGUAUGACUUUAAAGAUCUUACAAAGAAAAAUAUGGAAUUCAGAGAAGAAGAUGUUAAUGGCAAAAAGAUCAAAUGGCUGAAGAUAAGAUGGCUGAGGUACACAAAAGAAAACCCAGACUGCAUUUUAUUUAAGUACAAGAUGGAUGAUGAAUUCCGUGAAAUGAAAGUCGCCCUGACAUCUGCAAGAGGAAGGGCAACUGAAGAGUACCAGCUUAUAAAGAAAUAUACAUCACGACAGUCUAUUUCAGCUGCAAAGAAAAAAGAUCUAGUUGGGCUUUGCAAGAAAGGAAUCAUUCCUUCUGAAUACCAUGAGUAUUACAAAUCGUUACUAGCCAACAUAAAUGUGAAAGACACUCUUGCUGAAACUGACGUUGAAGAAGAGAAGAAUGACUCUUACCAGGAUUAGACAUGUUAGAUAUGACAGUUUUUAUGACACUAGAUUUUCGAAAGUUGUAUCAGGAUGUUAAAUCUCUGUUUCAAUUAUGGCUCCAACAGAUUUUUCAACUUUAUAUGUUUGCGAUGUUGACAGAUAGUUUUUUAAAGAUUCUAUAAGAACUUUAAGAAAGAAAUUAGAUAUUUUUUUUAGUCAAGUGUAUAUACGAUUUCAAUAAAAUUGAGAAUGGAAAUGGGGAAUGUGUCAAAGAGACAACAACCCGACCAUAGAACAGACAACAGCAGAAGGUCACCAACAGGUCUUCAAUGCAGCGAGAAAUUCCCGCACCCAGAGGCGUCCUUCAGCUGGCCCCUAAACAAAUAUAUAUACUAGUUCAGUGAUAAUGAACGCCAUACUAAACUCCAAAUUGUACACAAGAAACUAAAAUUGAAAAUAAUACAAGACUGACAAAGGCUAGAGGCUCCUGACUUGGGACAGGCGCAAAAAUGCGGCGGGGUUAAAAAUGUUUAUGAGAUCUCAACCCUCCCCCUAUACCUCUAGCCAAUGUAGAAAAGUAAACGCAUAACAAUACGCACAUUAAAAUUCAGUUCAAGAGAAGUCCGAGUCUGAUGUCAGAAGAUGUAACCAAAGAAAAUAAACAAAAUGACAAUAAUACAUAAAUAACAACAGACUACUAGCAGUUAACUGACAUGACAUAACUAUAACUAAAUUAAAAAGAGAAACGUUAUUUUCCUUAAAAUCAUCACUUGAAAUAGUAAAAAUGGAUCAAAUCUGCAUUAUCUUUCAUACAUAAAUUUGUUUUAUAUUUAUUUCAUUAUUCAUAUGCAUUUUUAUACUUUCUCGUAAUGAUAUUAUUUUUUUUAUCUUACUGAGAUAAUAUAAAAUAUAAAUGUAUAUUAAUUUUAUUUUUGACCAACCGAUAAGCAAAUAAAUUGUAUAUUUCACAUAAUGCAAAAUGGUACUUUACUUUUCUAUUUUAUUAAAAUGAUAAAUGAUCUUACAUUUUAAACAUUUUAUUUUGCAUUUCUAAGAGUAGUUUUUUAAUUAUUUCCUUCAAACCAAAUUCAUGUAUAUGUUGUUACUGUUAUCUGGUCAUAUCAAAUUGUAGUCUACAGUGCUAGAAAAUAUUAUCUGACAGUAAUAUGCAUUACAAACACAUGUUGAUUUUAUAAAUAAAUAUUUUAGCAAUGCA